UUAGUAUCACUCAUAAAUCACAAACUACACCCAGCUACACCUAACCAGUAUGCAUCCUCUCCUCGCCGUCCUCCUCCUCUCUCUCUCACUCUCCUCCGCCGCCGCAAACGACCACCACAAUGCAGCAGCAGCACCGCGAGAUCUGGUCCGUUCAUCAUGUCAGCACGCAAGUUACCCUAACCUCUGUGUCCGCACGCUCUCCUCUUACUCAGGCCCAGCCAACUCCCCUCGCGACCUAGCCCAAGCCGCGGUCAAAGUAAGCCUGGGUCGUGCGAGUAAAGUCUCGGAGUACUUAGCCACAGUUUCCGGGCUAAAGUCGAAGAAAGAACGAGUUGCACUGAGUGACUGCGUGGAGCAGAUAUCGGACUCGGUGGACGAGUUGAAGAACACACUGGGCGAGUUGAAGCAUUUGAGAGGGGAAACGUUUAGGUGGCAGAUGAGUAAUGCAGAGACAUGGGUGAGUGCUGCUUUGACUAAUGAAGAUACUUGUCUUGAUGGGUUUAAAGAUGUUGAAAGUAAAGUUAAAAUUGAUGUUAAAAGAAAAAUUACUAAUGUUGCUAGGGUUACUAGUAAUGCUUUGUAUAUGAUUAAUCGUCUUGGUGAGUCUCGUGCUUAAUUAAAUUAAGCCUUUAAUUUAUCUUAUAUAAUUAUAUGUGUACUGGCUUUGUUUUUUCCUUUUUGGUUUUCUAGUUAUAGCUAAGCUUUGUAGCUGUAUUUUAAUGGAAGUUGUAUGUAUAAUUGCACAUUUUACUGCUUA